AUGGCUAAUUCAAUGAUACGACCAGUUAGCAUUCGAGCUGGACUAGGUUAUCCUCCAUUGCAAUUCACGACAAACAGGGUCGAGUGCAUUAAUCAUCUGUUGAGUGACGAAGCUGACGGUCAACCUCAGACCAUUGACGAAAGGCAGCUAUAUAUUCAAAGAGUUUUCGAUGCUGACAUUUCCAACUGUGAAGUUCAACAGAAACAAUGCGUCAGUACUUUACCGCCACCUCCAGUUGACAAUCUCACGAGUAAUAGUGGCCUGCUUCCGAUAGUAUGA